AUGGGUGACUGGCUCCGCUCCCUCUUCCUAUCUCACCCCUCCGCCGCCCUAGCCGCCAGCCGCCGUGGCCGGAAUAUUGAGAAAACCGACCGAUUUCGACCCAAAACUUUCACCGCUCGUUCCGGCAAUUUCGACCACCAAUUUCUUCAAUCUAAGUAUGCUUUUUCAUCCUCUCAAUGUGUUCUAACUGAUGGUUGA